AUGUAUCCUCACCCGCUUGAUAGUGAUUGGAACCCAGAUUUGAUCACAUACCCAAAGUACCACCACCGCGCAUUUAUCGUUUCCGCGCUCAAUAAACCUGAUUGGACGACACAAGCGGCAGACAAAUCCAUCGUUGCGAGGUGGUUCCGGGAAGCGCAGGAGCGUGAUAAUAAAUUCUCUGUGUUCAGAGUAUUACACCACCGGACAUGGAAUGAGAGCGACGUAAAAUACGCCUGGCAGGAACUAUCGAAUUGCCGAAAAUAUGUGGAAUCUUUGAGAACUGAAGGAUGUAAAGUGGAACCGGAUAUCCGCGGCAUUUGGAAGGCGGAUGGGAUGGUUAGUGAGGAAUUAAGAGAGAAACUUGUUAAAGCUACGUCUUCGCUAGAAAGAAUUAUGGGAAAUCGUAUCACGAGGUCGAAUAAAAUCGGAGGUUUUGAUACUCCAUAUCAAGAUUACGAACACAGAAAUUUUGUUCAAUUCAUCAAUCCAUCACUAUGGCCAGUUAUAUACGGCAAAACAAGAAACAUAGCCGACGCAAUGCCCAUUGAGCUGCCAGAAGAACUACUAAGGCCCCGAGGCAUAAAUUGUUUCUGGCGCGGAUACUCAAACAAGCUCUGUUGUCUUCCUACCGAGUUUGAAGUCUCCGCAGAUGGGAAGCAAACCAAGGUACUGUCAUACAUCAAUAACCUCCCUCAAUCGGAUGAGCAGGAAUUAGGACUGCGUAGGAUCUUGGGGGAGAUAUUUACUUGCUUCGUUCCGUUGUUCAACCACGUUUUAGCGGAUCUCUCACGACCCCAACCCAAAGGUGCGCCAGCUAUAGAGCUUUUAGAAUUUAUCCCAACAGCAGAAUACCUCCAAGAAUGGAAGGAAGCAGUAGACCGCUUUGAACACGAGGAGGACUCAGAUCCUGGUAUCUUUGAUUAUAUGGAAGAACACUGUAUGGAUCAUGUUCAAUGCCGAGAAAAGAAAAAAAAGUGUAAGAAGGUGUGCCAUAUAGAAAGACUGGAUAGAUGGGAUAUCUGGACCCCACCGCCAAUGCCCGAUGCGUUAAGAUUGGAAGGGCGAAAAUUGAAGGUCUUUGUUGAGUUAUCCAGCAUACACCUAUCACCAGAAACCGGCUUCGAGUAUAGACAAGGAGAUUGGCGGACAAACGCUAGGCUGAAUGAGCGGAUUGUUGCGACCGGGGUAUACUGCAUUGAGCGGGAAAAUAUCACAGAAGUGCAAGUCGAAUUUAAAAUGUCAUUCUUGCAUAAUUUAAGCGGAAUCCCAAUCAAGGAGCACCGAGCUAUAGCUUUUCCAAACAUUUUAGAAUACCGGACACAACCGUUUAAACUUGUUGACAGACAGAGGCCCGGUCACUUGAAGAUGCUGAAGUUUUACCUAUGUGAUCCAACUGAUCCAUACGAAAUACCAACUACGACAACCGUUGCGCCACAGCAGAAGGGAGAGAUAAAAAUUUGGCUUGUGGAUCAAUUGCGACAAGGGAAGAUGGGCAGGCUACCGGAGGAAAUCUUCGAGCAGAUAGUUGAUCAUAUAGUUCAAGCUAUGGAGCCCGGGAUUACAGUACAGGCGGCUGAAAAGUAUUCGAGUCGGGCUCAGUUUUCUAAGGCCAUGUGCGGCAUUUAG